AUGGAUAGAACUCUUUCAAACCAAGAAGAAAGAGAGGCCACUGUACAGCACCGGCCAAAGCUCAAGCCUUUUUCACUUCUGAAGCAGACUACGGGUUCAAGAAAUUCGGACACAAUUUCUACAUUGUCGUUUUGGGCUUCAAAAUCUAUUAGAAUCUUGAAAAAUAGAGCCAAAGUGGCAAAUGGGUUUUCCAGUAAAAGGUUCCAUUUUGAUGCUACACUUUUUGGGCAAAUUUGGAGAUUGGAACCUUUACCAUCUGAGAAGAAACUGAUGUGGAGAAGGGAAAUGGAGUGGCUUCUUUGUGUUAGCGAUCAUGUUGUUGAAUUGAUACCUUCUUGGCAGACAUUUCCAGAUGGAAGCAAGCUUGAGAUCAUGACUUCCCGACCCCGGUCAGAUCUAUACAUUAACCUGCCAGCUUUACGGAAAUUAGACAAUAUGCUACUUGAAAUAUUAGACAGCUUCGAAAAUUCAGAGUUCUGGUAUGUCGACCAUGGUAUUUCAGCCCCAGAAGCUGAUGGAGCGUCCUCUUUCCGCAUGCCACUUCCCCAUCAAGAGGAAAAAUGGUGGCUUCCGGUUCCUCGUGUCCCAACUGGUGGCCUCAGUGAAGAAGCAAGAAAGAGGUUACAGCACAGUCGUGACUGCACAAACCAAAUUCUUAAAGCUGCAUUGGCUAUCAACACUUCUGCUUUAGCUGAAAUGGAUAUUCCCGACGCAUAUCUGGAAGCUCUUCCUAAGAAUGGAAAAGCUAGUUUGGGGGAUCUUAUUUAUCGCUACAUUAAUUCAGAUCAGUUUUCACCAGAAUGUUUGCUCGACUGUCUUGAUUUGUCUUCUGAGCAUCAUGCUCUAGAAAUUGCAAACAGGGUUGAGGCCACAAUCCAUGUGUGGCACAGAAGAUCAAACUCAAAACCAUUACAAAGGGCACAACGAUCCAAUUCAAAGUCAUCGUGGGGAAUGGUCAAGGAUUUUGUGAUUGAUGCAGAUAAGAGAGAAUUGCUUGCAGGCAGAGCUGAAAGCCUGCUUCUAUGCUUGAAGCUACGAUUUCCUGGUCUCCCUCAGACCUCUCUGGAUAUGAGCAAAAUCCAAUAUAAUAAGGAUGUCGGCAAAUCCAUUUUAGAGAGCUACUCAAGAGUUCUGGAGAGCCUAGCAUUCAAUAUUGUGUCACGUAUAGAUCACCUACUCUAUGUGGACGACUUGACUAAACACUCAGAUAAGCUCUUACCAGUCUCAAACGUCGGGAUGAUCGCUCAUAAGAGUGUUGGCAUUAGACUCCCAGCCCUGUCCAGCACACCGUACAAAACAGCUUUUGCAACGCCGAGCUUCUCACCUGCACAGCACUUAAGUCCUGCAAAUGGAGAUAGGUCUCCAUACAUCGAAAGCAACAAGCUAUCCCUUCGCGGGUUUGGCGUCAAAAAGGUUUUGACAGAUUAUCUGAGCAUUGAUUCAAAAGGGAAGGAAUUGAGCAACCUUGGAAGAUCAGAUUCCUUUUCGAGUACAACUCGGGAAACAUCGACAUCUCCUUAA